GUUGAAGCCAAAGCCGCCAGCCAGCUCGCCUGGAGACUUGUUCCGGCGUGCGCUGCCGGUGCCCUCGGCGACAGCCGAGAUGUCGCUGCCGGUGGCGCUGGUGACGGGCGCCAACAGCGGCCUGGGACUGGCGCUGGCGGUGAAGUUGGCAAAGAACCACCUGGUCUUCGCCGGUAUGCGGGCCCUCAGCAAGAAGGACGCCCUGGUAGAAGCGGCCACGCAGGCUGCGGUGAGCGAGAAUCUGCGGCCCUUGGAGCUGGAUGUGAACAGCGACGCCUCGGUGGAUGCGCUGGGGCCGGUCUUGAAGGAGGCGGGGCGCGUGGACGUGCUGGUGAACAACGCGGGCUACUCCCAGGCCGGCAGUGUGGAGUUCAUCUCCAUGGAGGCGAUGAAGGCGCAGAUGGAGACCAACCUCUUCGGCGUGAUCCGGUGCCAGAAGGCGUGCCUGCCGUUCAUGCGGGCGCAGAAGUCGGGGAAGAUCAUCAACAUCUCCUCCGUGGGCGGGGUCUAUGGCCAGCCCUUCAACGACAUCUACUGCGCCUCGAAGUUCGCGCUGGAGGGCAUGAUCGAGAGCCAGGCGCCGGUCUUCCGCACCUUUGGGGUGUACGUAUCUUGCGUCCAGCCGGGUGCCAUCAAGUCCUCCUUCUUCCAAAACGCUCAGCGGCCGGACCCCUCCAAGCUUCCCGCGGAAUACGCGCAGCCUCUGCAGUCCACGCUGGAGGCUUACCGCACCUCCGCCAGCUCGGGGCAAACCCCGGAGGAGGUGGCGGACGUCAUCAUCCAGCAGAUCGUGGAGGCUGCAGAGCCCCCUGUGCGGGUGCAGACGAACCCAAGCAUCCAGUUCGUCUUCGAGCAGCAGUGCGGCAAGAACGUGGCUGGGGACGUUGCCUUUGCAACCUCCAAGGCAAGGUUUCUGAGCGGGCUGUGAGGCAGUGUCCGUGUUGGCGGCGCCGCCUGUAGUGGUUCAUUGCUUUAUCCCAGCGGCAUCUGAUGCGGCAUCGGCCUUCCAGAAACAAGGGGCGCA